AUGAUGCUGGAUCUUCUGGGACCCUUUCCUCUCCUCCUGGUGCUGCUGGUAUCAUGGGGGCCAGUGCCACUUGCUGCUAGGCCUCGAAAUGUCACCAGGGUUCAAUGGUUUGAAAUUCAGCGUAUAAGAGCAGGUCCUGUCCAAUGCGGGACGGAAAUGAGUCGUGUCAAUAAUUAUACUCAGCACUGUAAGCCUGGAAACACCUUUCUGCACUCCUCCCUCCAGAACGUAGCUACUACUUGUCUUUUGACCAACUUUUUUUUUUUUUUUUUGACCAACAAUUCCUGCAGGAAUGGCCAGAAUAACUGCUACCAGAGUGCAAAUCGUAUUGGCAUGACUUACUGCAGUCGUACUCAAGGGACAUAUCCCAAUUGCAACUACAGUACUACUCUCCAGAACCAGUUCUAUGUUCUUGGCUGUGAGCGUCAUCAGCGGGGCUUCCCUCCCAAUCAACUGCUUCCUGUGCACUUAGAUAAAACCAUUCCUCUGGUUCAUUUACACUUUGAUUAA